AUGGCAAGAGGACUCCUCGCGUUAUUGUUUGCUGGCGUGACAGUAGCGUUGAAAGCGGGCGUCCCUCUACCCGAUACUGGAAACGACGUCUUGUACACACUGGACAGGCUUGCGCCAUCGAACCGCGAGCAGCCAUUGACCGAGCUGAAAGUCACGGACAAUGUUGGUCAGUCUCUCAUCAUGAAGGUGCACUAUGACUUGGCUUUGUUACUGAUUGGCUUCGUCGCAGUCGAUCUUCGUCGCGAGAUUGGAUGGUCGAUAAGUGGCAAGUACGUUCAGGCGUUACAAAGACAAGCGGCCGCAGCGGCGCCGACAGUAUGUUGUCCUGUACGAACACCAAAUCCUGAAGAAGCUAACAAGAUCCUAAAGAGUGGCUCCGUGAAUUUAGUAUCAGCGAGAGCCGGGUCAGUCUUCAUGGCACCUGUCAUAGUCGGUGGUCAGGACUUCUACCUCGUAGUCGAUAGUGGAAGCAGUGACCCCUGGUUGGUGACAUCGGAUUUUGCGUGCAUAGAUAGCGACGACGGGACAUCACUAGAUCAGGCGGACUGCAAUUUUGGCCCGGCCUACAACUCGAGUCGAUCGUCCACAUACCGAGUACUACCAAAUGAGAACUUCAACAUCAGCUACUCCGAUGGCGAGACCUUGACCGGCAGUAUGGGUUACGAGUCAUUCACCAUGGGAGGCAUCAAUGUGCCUUCGCAGGAAUUCGCAGUCGUGGACUACGCGGGCUGGUCCGGCGACACUAUCUCUUCAGGUCUCGUGGGCUUCGCGUAUAUGAGUCUGACCUCGGCGUAUCCCGGUUCAGAUCCUCACCAGGACGGGGAAGAAUCGGCACUGACGUACAAUCCUCUUUUCUACAACAUGUUCCAGAACGAAAGCGUGGCACCAGUCUUUACUCUCGCCAUCAACAGAGAUUACAACAACGGUGGCGUGCUGGCCCUUGGCGGAGUUCCGAAUAUCCCAUAUUCGCCGGGCUUUGCGAGUACGCCGAUCAUACCAUGGAUGCUCAAUGCAAGCUCCGGCGCAUGGGUGUACCAGUUCUAUACAAUAGUGAUAGAAGGAUUCGCCUUCUCGGCAAAGCAAAACGCUCAGUUCAACGUCCUUGGCCUGCCAAAUUCCCGGAAGACAGGUCUGCUUGGUAAUGGCACUCAAGCGAUAGUGGACUCAGGGACGUCUCUGGUCUACGUCGACAAUGCUACGAUCGCCACCCCCGUGAACCUGGCCUUCACGCCGCCCGCAUGGUACGAUAGCCAUUACAACACCUGGAUGGUGCAGUGUAACGCAAUCCCACCCCUCUUCGGCGUGGCGAUAAGUAACAAAAUCUUCUACGCGAACCCAGUAGAUAUGAUACUGUAUCAGAACGAGACAACGUGCUACAGUGGCAUUCAAGGAAGCGAGUCGAAGCUCACUAUUCUGGGCGAUGUGUGGAUGAAGAGUGUGCUGUGCGUCUUCGAUAUAGGCGCUGAGAUGAUGCGGUUCGCGGCUCGGGAAUUCAGCGGUUUGACGCCAGUGGCGACCAAGAAGCCAAACACAUGA